AUGGCUCGGGGCGCCGUGUGGCGACAAUUCUUCCAGCGCCAAUUUUUUCUGUCCGGCGCCCCGAUCCGGGCGUAUCUGCGAGCUUACAAGAGCCACAGCGACGCCCUUGACGCUUCUAGAGCUCCAAUGGUGGUCGUUCUGGCUGAGCAAAAGGAGUGGGAGUGGGUCCCGCUGCAUGUGGCAUCCAGUAUUGUUAAGGAAUUCUGCUUUCGCGGCCGCUUCGCUGAGGCCAUAGAGGCGUAUGCUUCACUGCCUUUGACAGACUUGAUGCGUCGGGACGUGGUGAUAGUCUUGCAGGAUUAUGAACAAUACCAGUCUGUGCUGUACCUCUACGAGGUGCAUCGCGCUAUGGGCAGUGCGGUGAAGCCCCUGGAUGUCGCGCCGGAACUUGACGCCCUCAAGAAGGUGGGCCGUGUGGAGGAGAUGGACAUGCGCUUCCAGGAACUGCCGGCCAAGGAGCAGAGUCGUGCUGACAUUCAGAAGAUUAUGGGCAAUUGA